GCUUGCUAUUCUCCUGCAAGGACAACAGGCCCCAAAAUAUCUCAGCAAUGCCAGGAUGCUCACAUGCCGUUGGACAGUAAGAAUAGCCACAAUGGGGCUCACGUCUCCUGUCUUCUGUUGUCUGAGAGCAGUUGUUACUAGAAGAGAGGGGAGACAAAGAAGCAGAGAGCUAAGACGGGAGCAGUUUUUCGGAGGGAGGGGGUGUUCUCCUGAACUGGGGGUUCAGUCCUGGGUACACCUUACGGAAAAAAAGGGCGGCGGUACGACAGGGCUCGGAGUCCGUGGUUUUCGUUCCCAGAGGUCUUUGUGUCACCUGACUUAUCACCUGCUCCCGUAAGCCUGCCGCCUCUUCUCGCUCGACCCAGGCGGCCACCGUCCCGGUAACCUAAGAGCUUAGCCCGCGGCGCGGCUACCGCUGUCCUGGAGGUCUGCGCCUGCAGCAUGGGGAGACAGAGCACCGCUGAGGUCCUCUUCCUCGCUCUGAACCACAACAUCACCAUUGUGGGGAAGAUCUGGCUGGUGCUGAUGGUCCUGCUGAGGGUCCUGGUGCUCCUGCUGGCGGGGUACCCCCUGUACCAGGACGAGCAGGAGCGCUUCGUCUGCAACACCAUCCAGCCGGGCUGCGCCAACGUGUGCUACGACGUCUUCUCCCCGCUCUCCCUCUUCAGGUUCUGGCUGGUGCAGCUCACCACGCUCUGCCUGCCCUACCUGGUGUUCGUGGUCCACGUCGUCCACAAAGUGUCCCGGGGCCUCGCCGCGGAGGGCCGCGCCCCCGGCAGGGCCAAAGCCGCGCCCCCGUACAAGGCCCGGCAGGAGCCUGGCGGGAAGGCCGCCUCUCCGAGCGGGACGGAGAGGGACGGGGCCCGCAGCUUCACGGCCGCCUACGUGGUCCACCUGCUGCUGCGCAUGGUGCUGGAGGCCGGCUUCGGCGUGGCGCACUACUACCUGUUCGGCUUCCACAUCCCCAAGCAGUUCCUGUGCCAGCAGGCGCCCUGCACCACCACCGUGGACUGCUACAUCUCCCGGCCCACGGAGAAGACGGUCAUGCUCAACUUCAUGCUGGCGGUGAGCGCCCUGUCCUUCCUGCUCAACUUCGCCGACCUCGUCUGCGCCAUCGAGUGGUCGGUCCAGCAGAGGAGCGGGAGCAAGACGGUGGUGGAGAAGCCGUACGAGGAGGAGCAGUACUACCUCUCGCCCCCGAGCGGGAGGAGCGUGGGGGCGGAGCUCCCGCUCCCGCUCGCCCGCGACCUCGUGACCUCCGCCGCCUUCCGCAAGAGGGCGGCCAGCAAGUCCAGCACCGACGAGGCGGCGUCCGUCCACCUGGAGGCGCCCGGCCGCCAGACCGCCGCCUGCGACGGUUUCCCGCCUCCACCGCCGCCGCUGCCGCUGCCAGGCAACGGCGCCAACGCCAACGGCAACAACGUGUACGUGCAGGCCCAGGAGGAUGCGCCCGAACGCGAGGGCAGCGACGCCCCGCUCUGCCCGACCGACGCCAGGGGGACGCCGCGGUCCAUCCGCGUCUGCAAGCACAGCCGCCUGAAGCCGCCCCCGCCCCCCCGGCGGGACAAGGCCGCGGCCCCGCCCACCCCGGAGCUGUGCGGUCGGAGGGUGGGCCAGUACACUCUGGUGGAGCUGGCCUCAGAGCUGCAGUCCAACAGCAGCGACAUGCAGGAGAAGAGGUCUGAGUGGGUGUGAGCAGCACUGCUGGCUCAGUACUAUGCAGAGUUUCAGUACUGAACAGGGGGUUGUUGAAACAUGUGCAUUGAGCCAGAACCUGCAGUGCUGAGGCUGGAGUAAUACGGAAGUAUGCGCCGUGAGGUGAAUUCCCCUCUGAGGCAGUGUCCUGUACUGUACGUCCCGGAAAAUGGCUACCUGGAGUGACAGACGGCUGUCCUGACCUUCGCCAUAGCAACUGUUAUGAGCCUCAGCUGUUCUCUGAGUCAUAAGCCCGGGUCAGCUCUGUCACCGGGUCAGCAAACAAGGUCGGGCCCCUUGUUGCCCAGACACCAGGCCCCAUACCGGUUCUGUGGACCCGGGCCCUGGGGCGAGGGCCAGCACACGGAACCCUGUGAACCUGGGCUGAGCCUCGCGUGAAGCAGGCGUCCUGGGUGAGGGACGGCUUGUUCCACAGCCUUAGCGCCCCGCAGAACUGAGCAGAGCCCUUUGCCAUCAAGGACAGGCCAUCUCCUGGUGGACACCAGCUCCCUAAGCAAUUACUGCCAGAGCAUGCUCAGUAUUUAUGGAGCUGGCUUGUCACACUAUUUUAAGGACCCAGGGGGAUUAAGGAGUGUGCUUUAGACAUAUAUGACAACGAAAAUAGAGCGCAACCGUUCAGCUGUAAGGGGAGACUGCCUCGAUAUCUGCCCUUCAAGCUGUGGGAUGCCAGACAUCGUGGUAUUCAUUUCGCCUCUGCCAAAUUACCUUUCUGAAUGCCCUACAAUUUUGUUUUUUAUUUGAGUCAAAGUUGUGUCAGUCAGAAGAAACAGCAAUGAAUAUUUUAUGAAUAUUGUACUAGUAUGAAUGUUUCAAGAAGAUGUUUUACUUGCGCUUAAUCAUUUUAAUUUCUUAAUUUUCAAAAAUGGCAAGGUUUUAAAUGAUGAGAAAUUGCAGUUGUUAUUGUGGGGAAGGACUUUUGUGCAAUUGGCUGAAGUUGUAUCAUCAGCAAAUUGUAUUAUUACUGUGUAUCAAUGUGUAUUCCAUUACUUUUCAACAGCAGAAACAUGAUUACCAUCAUCUGCUGAGAUUACAGGGGCUAUAUUCAUGAUAAUGUCAGGUCUCUAAAAACACUGAAGCAUUAUCUUCGUUAACAUACUAGUUGUUUUCUAGAAGAUUUCAGAUGCUGCAGCCAAAGUACUGUUUCUCUUCACUGUCUUCAGUUUAUUGUCAGUUCAGACCGGUGGAAACAGAAUUUUUGAUAUCAGAUAUACAGUACAGACCAAAAGUAUUGGGCCACCAGUGAUUUUCUUUUAAAAAACCUUAGGUACAGAAGAAUUCAGUUGAUAUAUGUGCAUGUAUUGAAUAACAAAAAGUAUAAACAUUUUUUCUAUUUCUACCUACAAUAACAGUUUGACUGAAAAAUAAUCUGAUGCUUCCUUUGGCUUUAAUUUCAAUUAAACAAAUUAUUGGAAGUCUAUCCAAUCGUUUUGCAAAUGGAUAAUGGGAGGUCCGACAAUGGGUAAUUAAACUGAAAUCUUAUCUACAUUACCACAGGUAGCCUAAUACCAUUGGCCUGCAGUGUGAGUAAAAUAGGCACUAAAGCUGCAAGAAAUAUGACAAAGAAGAAGGCCUUAGCCAAGUAAAUAUGUUGUGGCAAGGUAAUUCCCUGUGAGAUAUUGCAAAAAAGCUCAAGAUGUCCAGGUGCAGUGUUCAGUAUACAUUCAGAAAAAUCCAACUGAUGAGCAAUAAUAUAAACAGGAGAAGACCAAGAAGAUCAAGUAACAGUAGAUAAAUAUCUUGUGGUGUCUAACAAAAGAAACCAUUGUAAAAUUGCUCCACAACUACAGGAAGAACUCAAUGCAGCUAAAGAGAAACCAGUUGCCCUAACUACAGUGAAACAGCAACAAUGAUGGUUCUUGGCCAACUGCAGACUUUUUUUGUUAACAGCACAUAGCAAGGGCUUUUUUGCAGAUAAACAUCCUUUUAGACCAGAAGAUUAUAGUUACAGUUUGACUUUUUUUUUUUUUAACUCCAGAUGUCCUAAUACUUUUGGCCGGUACUGUAUAUUAUGUGAAGGAAAAUGCUUUGUUCAUUGAAUUCUUUUAAAAUGGUGGUUGUCUUAAAUAGCAAUUUAUACAGGAGCCAGGCUGCCUUGAUAACACUUGUUUCAAUCUUGCAAGACCUUUCUGGGUUCAAAUGUUUUCUAGUUUAUUUUGGAAUUAUUAUGGUAUGAUAACCUAUUUUAUAAUUUUUCUUUUUUUAAUCUCUAGUAUAUAAUGCAUAUUCACUAAAUAAGACCGCAAGCUAUUGCUCAUAAAACAGAUACGUGAUUGUUUAUGUUUCUGUGAUGUACCUAUAUUUAAUUUCUUUGUUGCAUUUUUAAUAUUUUUUGAGAAAGGCAUUGCAAUUUAUAUGGUGUACUUUGUGAAAAUCCAACAAUAAUAUAAAGUUAGACAAUUAUAAUAAUAUAAGGCAUAAUGCUGUUUUAAUAAAAUAAUAAUAAUGCCGUGAAAAUAUAGAUUCCCAUGCCAUCUUAUCUGAGGCAGUACACAAUAGUCAUCCAAUGAUAUAAAACAUCUUCAACAAUUAAAAAACAACAACAACAAAAUUUAAAUCAGUCUCAUCCUCAACUGUUCAAUAGCACAAUCACUCAAUUAAGCAAUGCUGUCCAAAGUGUUUCUGUUUUAUGUCUAUGAGCCCAUAACUUUCUUUUUGCAGGUACUAAUAUAAGUUUUGUGUUCAUAGCUUUUAAUGUUAGUAAAAUGCAAGACAAUACAUUUAACAGUUAAGUUUCCUUUUUUAUAUACACAUAGAUAAGGUCUGUUUUUUAUAGUUCUCAGUUUCUGAGUGCAAUAUGUUUUACCAAUUGUGAAAAAUAGCAAAACUAACUAAAUAACUAAAAAGAUACACUCCCCUCUAGUGGCACAAUUGUGUAAAGGAGCAUUUAGGGCAGAAUGAUUGGUAACCUUCCUGUGACUCAGGGUUGUUAACAGCCUAUCAACAGCACUUUGAUCACAAUAAGAUACCAGUAUUUUAUCCACAUUAUUUGUCAAAAUUGUAUUCAAUAUCACUUUCCCCCAAGAUUGGACUAAACAUGACUAAAGCAGAAAACACAAUUUAUGGUACACUUCAUAAAAUGAAUCUUACAGCUCUGAAGCACUCUUAUAAAACCAUAAACAAAUGACAUUGUUCAAAUUACAUCACACUUUAUGUGUCCUUAUGGCAAGUAUACUGUAACAAUAAGCAUAUUAUUGUCUGUUAAUAGAUGAAGCAGCUAUCCCUCAACCAACAGGCAGCCCAAUCACUGUUUAAGACUGUUCCUUUUCCUCUUCUGUUAGGGACCCUCCACUCUUCUCCCCACUGAUCUCAGAUCAGCUGUCAUGAAAGGAGAACUUUACAGGGCACAGUGGAACACCGAGGAGAGGAGUGCCUUCCCACGCCACACAGUGCAGAGCACACGGUGCCCCCUGGUGUCACAAAGCCUGAAGUGCAGUGGCAGUGGCUGGGAAACAGCUCAGUCAGGAGAUAAAAAGUGAAGGCUUCCUCAAAAGGAAACAUGAUUCUUUUGUCUGUAUCAGUGAGUCACCCACAGACAGACAGAACGCAGUGUUCCUUGUGCACGGGGGGAGGGGGGGUUGGGGGAGGGAUGUGGUAUAGCAUGGGAACCCUGAAAAGAGGCAGUACACCAUUCAGCCCUUGUCCACGGCAGGUUCAUUGUUGCCGAGCAGUCGGAGGCCCGUCAUUUGUAUUGACAUUUAUUCAAAGGAAAUUCUAUUGGCCUGGAAAUCAGUCAGAUUGCUAUUGUUCUGGCAGGCCAACUGGUUUUGCACCACCCCACUGGUUCCUAAUAACCCAUUUGCUUGACAAAGCAGUUUACAGGGAUGGCAAUUAGUUUUGAUUUGACCAACAACACCAACGCUGCCUACCACCAGCAGCAGCAUCCCCCAACUCACCUCCCCCAACUCACCACCCACCCAAGAGGUGUAGGGUCCCACCACAAAACAGCUAAGAACUUUACCAGCCUGCAAGGUUUGUGCAGGGUAGACAGUGUUUUAACUACGUCUCACCCAUACAUUCUGGUGUGUGGAUAAAGGGACUAUGCAUGAUAGGCAGGGACAGGUUUCAAACUUUUAUGCCUUAAGUGAUAGCUUUAUAUUGCAAUACAUUUUUACAUUUUACUUCUGUUUAUUUUCUCACAUCCCUAUUUGAUUGACUUGAAAAUAAUGUAAAACAGUUUCCUCUGCAAUGAAAAGCAUAUCCCUAAGUAUUAAAAUAGACCACUGAAGUUUUGCAACUGAUGAUAUCCUUGAUUUCUGUGGCCUCGAUCAACCUUUUACAACAUUAACACCCAAAGUCUAUAUCUAGAGAUGUACUACAGUCAGAACACUGGUCAUGUUCAUGAAAUUCAGUUUGCUCUCCAUUAUAGUGUAAAUUAAAAAUAAUGCAUGAAUAAUAAUGUUCCAGCAAUGCUAGCUUCUGAAAGAAUUUCAUAGCUUCUCUUCAGAAACAUGCACACACACACGCAUGCACACACACAAAAAAACAAAUUAACAUAAAAUCAGAAAAUCAUGACAAUUUGUGCUCUGUUCUGGAUAUCGACCAUUACAACCAAUGAUAAA